AGAUAGUUUAAUAUAUCAGUUUUUUGUUGAUGAUUUAUAUAAACAUAUUAAAGAAGAUAUUGACAAAUUUGACACAUCAGACUACAAAGAGGAUAAUGUAUAUAGUAUUCCAUUACGGAAUAAAAAAGUAUUAGGUCUCAUGAAAGAUGAGAACCAAGGGGAAUUGAUGACACACUUCAUAGGAUUACGUUCGAAAAUGUACACUAUGAAAAUUUUAAAUCAGCAAGCGGAAAUAAAAAAGGCUAAAGGAAUCAAAAAAUCUGCAUUAAAAGAACUGUCAUAUGAUGAUUAUUAUGCAAGUUUAUUUAAUAAAGUAAUAGUGGAAAUUUACCAAAAUUCAAUCAUUUCGAAAAAGCAUGAUGUUUAUACAAUGUCUCAAAUAAAGGUAGCACUCAGUCCAUACGAUGAUAAGAGAAUAAUAAAUUAUUUAUCCCCUGACACUCUUCCAUGGGGUUUCAAUGAUAAAUAAUUUAUUAUUAUUAUUUUAUAAAAUUUUGUAAAUCGUUUUUUAAUUAAUCUACAGCCACUCAACACGAAGCUCAGCUGGUACGGUAUUUAUACAUUGAAUAAAAUAUGUUUUUAAAUAAAGCUCCUUUUUAUUUUAGUCUCAAUUAAAUAAAUGGGAGGCAGUUUUCAUAGACCAAAAACGAUUUGUAAAAUUAAAAUUUAAGACUGAAAAAACCAUAAUACCUCAAACUCUACCUACAAUCUUCUGGGAUACAAAAACAUAUGGAACAAUACCAUGUUUUGAUUGUAAGAGAUUUUUUUGUUUUUGUGACAGAUCCUUAGAAAUUCACAAGGACACUAAUAUGUAUUGUUAUGAAACUAUGCCUGAUUCAUAAAAAGCCCUUAAUCCAUCGACCAUUACCAGCUUCUGGUGUGGGUGUACUUAAAAUUAAAGAAGAGAUUUUGUCCGAUGAAGAUUUUAAUUAUAGAAAAAAUUACAAUGCCCAAAUACCAGAUGACCAUCCACUACACAGAGACGACUUAAUUUGGGCCCGGUACAUUGAUCAGGUGACGUGGUCGUAUUGGAUGGAUAUUAAAACAACCUUAUGGAACGACAUAGCUGUGUAUCACUAUUAUGAAUUAAACUAUCUUGUAUAAUAAACUUUUAGAUUUGG